CCAAUCAGCGGCGAGGACGCUGCAGCCUCUCUAAGUAGUGACAGACAGGUUAUUUCUUCACUUAUAUAUUCAAGGUGCGUUAGUACAUACAAGCAGAACCUGCUGAUAUAUUAAUGGUGAAAUCUACUACAUAGUCUUAGUCAAAUCUGUGUAUUAAGUUAGUAUUAGGAAGUUGUGACUUAUUGAAAGCAUCUACACUCUCCGUGAUGGCAAAGCGAACAGGGCGACAGAGGAACCAGCUGCCAAAUUGUUACUAUGAGGGAUACCUGGAGAAGACGUCGUUCAAAGAUAAGACAUCUCGGAAACUGUGGACCUGCCUGUGUGGAAACACGCUGUUCUUCUUCAACGAGAAGAGAGACACUGAUUACUUAGAGAAACUGGAUCUCAGUGAAUUGAUCUCAAUAACAGAUGACGGAAGCCAGGAUCGUAACUUAGGUGCAGCCAGACUCAACCUCCAGAUGAAGGAUGGAAAUAUUGAAUUCACUGUCCCUAAUGCUGAGGCUCGUGAGUUGUGGAAGGGCUAUAUCCACUCUGUGGUUAAGCUGUCGUUACCAUCCUCCCUCAACCUGCUACCAGGCCAGAUCCACAUGCUAAAAGAGGCAGUAGAAAGGGAAAAGGAAAGAACAAAAACUGCCACCAACUCCAGUCUUUACAUCAGCCUCCAAGCAGACAUGCCAGCUUGUUACCACAGUGUGUCCCGUCUGGAGGCAGAGAUGCUGCUUGAGAGAGAGGCCAGGAGAGGAAACCUGCUGCUGAGGCCUGGGAGGGACGGCAACUCCUUCGCUGUCACCACCAGACAGGACCAUAACGGCUCUAUAUUCAGACACUACCGAGUGGUUCGUAAACAUGACGGGUGCUUUGCCAUUGAUGUGGACAAUCCUGUCCCCUGUGCCACGCUAUGUGAUGCGAUCAACUAUUUAGUGGAAAAAACGGACGGAGUUUUGAUUCCUCUCAUCAUUGAGGAAAAAUAUGAGACAAACAUCUCUUUUAUUUGGUCUGAUAAUGAAAAUGGAGAGAAGAGUGUUCGGCAGGCACCGUCAAACCUUGUCCCACCACGUGUACCUCCCAAACCAGUAGCUCCAAGAAUACCGACCCCUGAACCAGUGCCAGCACUCGAAGAAGGGAAUUUGUAUCUGAAUGACAUGCUGGAGACAGAAAAAGAGCCAGUAGAUCCCCCAGCCGUUCCACUGCCACAAGUGGAGAAAAAACCUCCAAAGAAAGCAAUGAUGCCUCCAACUCCUGCUCUUCGCAAACGGUCCUCUUCUACAUCACCCCCCUCCUCUGCCUCUUCCACAAACAGCCAGGAUCCGAGAAUGAGAGUCCACGUAGACACUUUGGGACAGAUUCCUCUCACAGCAAUAGCUGAGCUGAAACUGAAGUUGGAACAAAAGGUGAGGUGUCAAGAGUGACCUCUCCUGGCGGGAGCCUCUCAAAGCACCUGUGACUCACACCAGUACAGAGCCCAGCUGUUUCCACACAAACAGCCUCUUCCUCCUCUGCAUCGUGGCUCUGCUCCUCCUCGUCAGCUGGCUGUCGGCAGGAAAACCUCUUCGAAGAUUAACACUUUAUUGAUUCACUCUUCUCAGACACUCAUUAGCAAAUGAAUCGACUGUAACGAGGGGUGUACAUGUCACAUUAUCGUGUACAUUUUGCACAUUUACAAUUAAUAAUGGUGUACAUUUUCCUUAUCAGAUUGUAUUACAUGUGUUGUUUCAGUGUUGUUUUUGUCUACUUUUUUUUUUACAUAGCUAAAAUGUUAUUCUGUCGAGAGGCAUAAUAACAUUUAUAUUGUACUGCAUGUAUCACUGCCUCUCUAUACAGUGUAGUGAACUCUGAAAGAAAACAGAAAUUAGAGUUGGCUUGUGGUUACUGUACCUACUGUAUGUGAACAUAUUGUAUAUAUUUUUCAGUGAAGAAAAACUCUUGCUUCUGUCAGAUGAAAUCAGAUACAUUUGACCAAGCAACUUCUAGUAUGUGCCAUGCAGCAGUUAGAAGUCAGUCAGAAAUCAAUCAGUUUUAUGAUGUUCUAUACCUGGUCUAUUUCCUGUGUUACGCUUUUUUUUUUAACUGACAUUAUUUUCUUACUUUGUUUUUAUUACUCGAUGACGCAGAAAUCCAAGAACAAAGUGCUCUCACUCCUUUAUUACCUCAAUGACUGAUACAUCGUAGUGGAAAAAUUAAACUAUUUACAAUAAAUUGUGACAUUAUGUUAGCAUGUGAAAUAAAGUUAACAUAAUUCUCAGCUUCUUUAAA